AGUGACCGCUUUAGGCUCCAGUGACGUCCGCGACCGCUCGUCGUUUGUCGCGGGUUCUUCGGAACUCCAGGAGCCAUGUUCUCCCGGCUCGCCACGGCCAGCCGCAGCGCCGCGCGCCGCGCCGCGCAACGUGUGGGCGCAUCGCGGUCAGUGACGAGCUCUACGAUCGGCGGCUACGAGGUCUUCGACCACUCCUACGAUGCGGUGGUCAUCGGCGCCGGUGGCGCAGGCUUGCGAGCCGCGGCCGGGCUGGUGAACCACGGGUUAAAGACGGCGUGCAUCACCAAGGUGUUUCCCACGCGAUCUCACACCGUGGCAGCACAAGGUGGCAUUAAUGGAGCAUUAGCCAACAUGACUGAGGACGACUGGCGUUGGCAUGCCUAUGACACGGUGAAGGGUGCCGACUGGCUCGGAGAUCAGGACGCCAUUCAGCACAUGUGCCGCCUGGCACCAGAGGUGAUUCUGGAAUUGGAGUCCUUCGGCUUGCCAUUCUCCCGUACGCCGGAGGGGAAGAUCUACCAGCGCGCCUUUGGUGGACAGAGCUUGAAGUUUGGCAAAGGUGGCCAGGCCUAUCGCUGCGCGGCGGCUGCGGACCGCACGGGCCACGCCAUCCUGCACACCCUCUACGGCAUGGCCUUGAAGUUCGACUGCUUGUUCUUCGUGGAGUACUUCGCCAUGGACCUGAUCAUGAGUGAUGACGGCAAAUGCUUGGGCUGCGUGGCCAUGUGCAUGGAGGAUGGCAGCAUCCACCGCUUCGGAGCCCACAGCACCAUCAUCGCCACCGGCGGCUUUGGCCGAGCCUAUCAGUCCUGCACUUCUGCUCACACCUGCACAGGCGAUGGCAGCGCCAUGGCCUCCCGCGCUGGGCUGCCGAUGCAGGACUUGGAGUUUGUGCAGUUCCAUCCCACAGGCAUCUUCCCUGCGGGCUGCCUCCUCACCGAGGGCUGCCGCGGUGAGGGCGGAAUUCUCCGGAACAGCGAGGGCGAGCCUUUCAUGGCGCGCUACGCACCCACCGCUAAGGACUUGGCAUCGCGCGACGUGGUGAGCCGCGCCAUGACCUUGGAGAUCCGCGAGGGCCGCGGCGUGGGCCCCAACAAGGACCACAUCUUUUUGCACCUGGAUCACCUUCCUCCUGAGACCUUGGCAGAGCGUUUGCCCGGCAUCUCUGAGACGGCCAAGAUCUUCGCCGGCGUCGACGUCACUAAGGAGCCUGCGCCCGUGCUGCCCACUGUGCACUACAACAUGGGCGGUAUCCCGACCAACUGGAAGACUCAGGUCGUCCGCGAUGCGGAGGACACCAUUGUUCCCGGGCUCUUGGCCGCUGGAGAGGCGGGCUGCGCCUCAGUUCACGGUGCCAACCGCUUGGGCGCCAACAGCUUGUUGGACCUGGUGGUCUUCGGGCGCCAGGCCGCCGACACCACCGCCGAGCUGGUGAAGCCCAACAGCCCUCCGGUGACUUUGCCCAAGAACGCCGGAGAGGCCAGCAUCGCACGCAUGGACAAGAUCCGCAACGCCAAGGGCCCCAUCCCCACCGCCGACUUGCGCCGUGAGCUGCAGGUGACCAUGCAGAAGUAUGCCCCUGUGUACCGCAACUCGGAUGACCUGGCGAAGGGCAAGGGCGUGAUCGUGGAGGUGAUGAAGAAGUACAAGGACGUGGGCGUCACCGAUCGCACCAUGAUUUGGAACACCGAUCUCAUCGAGACACUGGAGCUGGAGAACCUCAUCAACCAGGCGGCCCAGGAGAUGUACGCGGCCGAAGCCCGAAAGGAGUCCCGCGGGGCUCACGCGCACGAGAACUUCCCCGAGCGUGACGAUGAGAACUGGAUGAAGCACACCCUCUCUUGGCUCGACAAGCCUCAUGUCGAGGAUGCCAAGGUGGUGUUGAAGUACCGCAGAGUCAUCGAUCAGCCUUUGGACAAGGAGAUGCACCAUGUCCCCCCGGCCAAGCGUGUCUACUAGCGUGUCUACGCCGGCGGACGACCGCAGAUGCCCCACGCGCCACGCGUUCCGCAUGUCCCGACGCAGGGUGCCUUUUUGAGGGCGGACGAGAUUCCUUCUCCCGCACGCCGCGGGAGAAAA